AUGGGAUUGGGCAGUGGCACUGUGAUUUGGUUAUUUGCCAUUGUUGUUGUUAUUCAGUCAUGCCUUUUCACAGUUUCAGCCAAGAAAAUCUAUAUAGUUCGCAUGAAACAUCACCAGAAGCCCAUUUCCUACUCCACCUACAGUGGUUGGUACGCUGAUCAUCUUCAAUCCCUCACUUCCGCCACCCCAGAUUCCCUCCUAUACACCUACGAAGCCGCCUACAACGGCUUCGCGGUGGCGCUAGAUCCCGAGGAGGCUGAGUCCCUCCGGCAAUCGGAUUCUGUACUUGGGGUGUACGAAGACACGCUCUAUAACUUGCACACUACUCGAACUCCUGAGUUUUUGGGUCUUGAGAGGGAGCUUGGAUUGUGGGCUGGCCACCCCCCGCAGGAACUGAACCAGGCCUCUCAGGAUGUCAUUGUUGGGGUGUUGGAUACUGGGGUCUGGCCUGAAUCGAAGUCGUUUAACGAUGUGGGUAUGCCAGCAGUUCCGUCCGGAUGGCGUGGCCAGUGUGAGGUAGCUGCUGAUUUUGAUCCCAAAAUCAAUUGCAACAAGAAGCUCAUAGGUGCGCGAUUCUUCUCCAGAGGUUACAAUAUGGCUUCUGGGGGGAAGGAAUUACCAUCCCCGCGCGAUCAUGAUGGUCAUGGCACGCACACGGCAAGCACCGCCGCCGGGUCCUACGUAGCAAAUGCAAGCCUCUUAGGGUACGCUGCUGGAACUGCCAGGGGAAUGGCCACCCACGCCCGGGUGGCGACCUAUAAAGUUUGCUGGAAAACAGGGUGUUUUGGAUCUGAUAUUCUAGCUGGAAUGGAGCGUGCAAUUCUCGACGGUGUUGAUGUAUUGUCCCUAUCUCUAGGCGGUGGAUCUGUUCCUUAUUAUCGCGAUACCAUCGCCAUUGGAGCUUUUGCAGCAAUGGAGAAAGGGAUUCUCGUUUCAUGUUCAGCAGGAAACAGUGGCCCUGCUAAAGCUACAUUAGCAAAUGUGGCUCCAUGGAUUAUGACUGUUGGUGCAGGUACACUAGAUCGGGAUUUCCCAGCUAUUGCUACUUUAGGUAAUGGUGAAAAAUUUAGUGGAGUGUCAUUGUAUAGUGGAAAAGGAAUGGGGGAAAAAUUACUGGGAUUGAUUUACAACAAGGGUGGCAAUAGUUCGAGCAAUUUGUGUUUGGCUGGUUCACUUGACCCGACCAUUGUUCGUGGAAAAGUGGUUGUAUGUGAUCGAGGGAUCAGUGCAAGGGUGGAGAAGGGUGCUGUAGUGAGGGAUGCUGGUGGGGUGGGGAUGAUACUUGCCAACACGGCCACAACAGGGGAGGAGCUGGUAGCGGAUAGUCACUUGUUACCCGCGAUGGCGGUGGGUAGGAAAGUGGGGGAUAUCAUAAGGAAGUACGUUGAGACGGACAAGAACCCCACUGCGGUGCUCGGAUUUGGUGGAACGGUGUUGAAUGUAAAGCCAUCACCAGUGGUGGCUGCAUUCAGCUCUAGAGGGCCUAACAUGGUGACUCCUCAGAUACUGAAGCCUGAUGUUAUUGGACCUGGAGUCAAUAUCUUGGCCGCUUGGUCUGAGGCUGUUGGUCCUACUGGUCUGGAGCAGGAUACUAGGAAGACAAAGUUCAACAUUGUGUCAGGUACAUCAAUGUCCUGCCCACACAUUAGUGGAUUAGCUGCAUUGCUGAAAGCAGCACAUCCUGAUUGGAGUCCAAGCGCCAUCAAAUCUGCACUGAUGACGACAGCCUACACACUUGAUAACACCAAUUAUCCUUUGCGUGAUGCUGCAGACAACUCAUUUGCUAACCCAUGGGCUCAUGGAUCUGGCCAUGUUGACCCACGCAAGGCCCUCUCCCCAGGUCUCGUAUACGACAUCACGCCAGAGCAGUACAUUAUGUUCCUUUGCUCUUUGGACUAUACCAUUGAGCAUAUACAAACCAUUGUGAAGCGUCCAAACAUCACAUGUUCUGGGAAAUUUACUGAUCCCAGCCAGCUUAACUAUCCUUCCUUUUCAGUCCUGUUUGGCAAGUCUAGAGUUGCAAGGUACUCCCGUGAAUUGACAAAUGUAGGAGCUGCAAGGUCUAUUUAUCAAGUGACAGUUCAAGCGCCUCAGAAUGUGGUGGUGACUGUGAAGCCCUCAAGGCUCUUUUUCAGAAAUGUAGGCGAUAAGCAACGAUAUACAGUUACUUUCGUGUCAAGGAAGGGCAUAAAUCAGUUGGGUAGGAAUGCAUUUGGUUCCAUUUCUUGGAAGAAUGCCCAACAUCUUGUGAAGAGUCCAGUUGCCUUCUCUUGGACACAUCUAUGA